CACAGUAGUUCACAACACUGGGCAAACAAAUCUUCGGGCAAAACAUGUGCGAGCGAAGCAGCAACACGAAGGAUGAAAUUGAGACUCCAGCCCUUGAUCAUUUCACAACAAAUGACUAUGAUUGUGUUUAUGAACCUGCAGAAGACAGCUUUUUACUUAUUGAUGCUCUAGAAAAAGAACUCUCGGAUCUGCGCAGGAGAAACCCAGCAAUAUGCUUGGAAGUUGGAUGCGGCUCAGGAAUCAUCAGUGCAGCCCUAGCAAAAGCGCUGGGAAACACCUGCUACAUGCUUGCUACAGAUAUUAACGUUAAGGCGUCCGAAGCCACAAAACGUACCGGUGAAAGAAAUGGUGUUCACGUCGAACCAGUUGUUACGGACCUGGUCUCGUCUUUACUUCCUCGUCUCCGUCACAAAGUGGACAUCCUCAUCUUCAAUCCACCUUACGUCGUUACUCCAUCAGAAGAGUGUCUUGAGGAGAGUCUUACCAAGGCCUGGGCAGGAGGACAUCUUGGACGUGAAGUUACGGACAGGCUGUCGUUGCUUGUGCCCGAUUUGCUCAGUCCAACUGGCCUGUAUUUUCUAGUCGUCAUCAGAGAGAACAAACCAGAUGAAAUUCGAAAGUCUCUGGCAAGGAAGGGCCUUCAAAGCAAGAUUGUCAUUUCCAGGAGGUGUGGAGCAGAGUUCCUUUCUGUGAUAUGCUUCUACCGGGAAAACUCGUGACAGAUGUUGUAUGCAAUUUUAUCAAAUGGCUACGAAUUCAGGCAGAUGGAUUCAUAUUAAACAGCACAUGUGAAACAA